AGGGAUAUAGAUCAACUGUUUGCUGAUAUUCGAGUGAUGGCUCUCAAAGGAAUUUGGACUGAGAAAAAUAUUACGAAUGAGCCGAAUUGGGGAUUCGGACAAGCAUUCUUCUUCGCUGGUGCUCUCAUAAGUACUGUUGGAUACGGUACAAUGACACCUCGAACGCCUGCGGGUAAAUUCUUUACAAUAAUUUAUUGCGUUGUGGGAAUCCCGCUAACGCUAGCACUUUUAUCCGCCCUGGUGGCUCGAUUGAAACAGCCAAGUGCGUGGCUACGUGGCAAACUGAACGCACGUCUUGGACAUCUGUUUCAUGCUGGUCAAAUACAGCUAUUCCACUUGGGAUUCGUGAGUGCAUUACUGCUUGUGUUUGUUCUGCUGAUUCCGUCGUAUAUUUUCACUCAAAUCGAAAAGGAUUGGACAUUUUUAGAUGCUAUUUAUUAUUGCUUUGUCUCAUUAACAACCAUCGGACUUGGUCAGUUUUUUUCGUUGCUCACUGAAGUAUUCAUUGCAGUUCAAGUGCGAAUUGCACAUCAGAUUGUUUGUCUCCAUCAGAUCAGUUGUUUUUCUCCUCCAAUGACAAAAUAUCUGAAUCCUCCAUUGUUAUAG